AUGGGAUCGUCAAGCAGCCGGGUGCUGCGCCAGCCGAGGCCAGCCCUUGCCCGGCAGGAACAGGGUGCCAGGGCCGGGGACUCGGCCCGGAGGCCGGACACUGGAGACGAUGCAGCGGGCUACGGCUUCUGUUACUGCCCGGGCAGUCAGAAGCGCAAGCGGAGCAGCGGGGCCUGCCGCCACUGUCACCCGGACUCGGAGAGGGACGAGGAUGAGGAGGAGGGGGACGAGCAGCGGCCGCUCCUCAACACCCCUGCAAGGAAAAAAUUAAGGAGCAAAUAUAUUUAUCAAACAUUAUUUUUGAAUGGUGAAAAUAGUGACAUUAAGAUUUGCGCUCUAGGAGAAGAAUGGCGAUUACACAAAAUAUAUUUAUGCCAAUCUGGCUACUUUUCUAGUAUGUUCAGUGGUUCUUGGAAAGAAUCCAGCAUGAAUAUUAUUGAACUGGAGAUUCCUGACCAGAACAUUGAUGUAGAAGCCCUGCAGGUUGCGUUUGGUUCACUGUAUGGGGAUGUCUUGAUAAAACCCAGUCGAGUUGUUGCCAUUUUGGCAGCAGCUUGUAUGCUGCAGCUGGAUGGUUGAAUAGAGCAGUGUGGUGAGACAAUGAAGGAAACAAUGAAUGUGAAAACUGUAUGUGGUUAUUACACAUCAGUAGAGACCUGUGGAUUAGAUUCUGUAAAGAAAAAGUGCCUUGAAUGGCUUCUAAACAAUUUGAUGACUCACCAGAGUGUUAAACUUUUUAAAGAACUCAGUAUAAAUGUCAUGAAACAGCUCAUCGGUUCCUCUAACUUAUUUGUGAUGCAAGUGGAGAUGGAUGUAUACACCACUCUAAAAAUGUGGAUGUUCCUUCAGCUUGUGCCUUCUUGGAAUGGAUCUUUAAGACAGCUUUUGACAGAAACAGAUGUCUGGUUUUCUAAACAGAGAAAAGAUUUUGAAGGUAUGGCCUUUCUUGAAACUGAACAAGGAAAACCAUUUGUGUCAGUGUUCAGACAUUUAAGGUUACAAUAUAUUAUCAGUGACCUGGCUUCUGCAAGAAUUAUUGAACAAGAUGCUAUAGUACUUUCAGAAUGGCUGUCUUCUGUGUAUAAACAGCAGUGGUUUGCUAUGCUGCGGGCAGAACAAGACAGUGAAGCAGGGACUCAAGAAAUCAAUAAAGAAGACCUAGAGGGAAAUAGCAUGAGGUGUGGUAGAAAGCUUGCCAAAGAUGUUGAAUACCGCUGGUGUUGGACAGGUUUUAACUUCGGCUUUGACCUACUUGUAACUUACACCAAUCGAUACAUCAUUUUCAAACGCGAUACAUUGAAUCAGCCAUGUAGCAGGUCUGUCAGUUUACAGCCUCGAAGGAGCAUAGCAUGUAGAUUACGCUUGGCUUCUUUUGAUAGUAGUGGAAAACCAAUAUGUAGUAGAACGACUGGCUAUCAAAUACUUAUACUUAAAAAGGAUCAGGAACAAGUGGUGAUGAACUUGGACGGCAGGUUUCUGACCUUCCCUCUAUAUAUCUGCUGUAACUUCUUGUAUAUAUCACCGGAAAAAGGAAUUGAAAAUAAUCGUCACCCAGAAAAUCCAGAAAACUGA